GUUUGCAGAAGCUGCGGCUUCAGACGUAGCCAGAGUUGGUGUCUGAAUCUGCUAUUAAACUUUUACAGUUUGUUUCCCCCCCAAUUCACUUAUCUGUCUAUUGAGAAAAAAAGCUUUCCUCUCUCCGUGUUCUCCGACAGAGAAACUCCUAGGAGGGACUAAAGAGAGUUGUUUAAACUGCUGGGGGAGUAGUUUCUUUCGUCCCUCGACUUACGAUAGGCUUCUGGGUGAAUGAGUGGGUGAAUAAAGGGAUUUCCAAAGCUCAGUGCACAAUAGACAGAGAGAGAGAGAGGAGGAGGAGGAGAAUAAGGAUAAGGAUAAGGAGGAGGAGGAGGAAGAGGAGAAGGAGAAGUAGAGCUCCGUCCCUGGGCAGCUUGUGCUGGGAGCUCCUGGUGCUCUGGGAUGCUUCAUCCUGCGGUCAGUGCGCGACUCUCCGCAGCCCGAAGCCCCUCUCAAUCGCUUCGCCCGUGCGCUUCCUCACGCCAUGAAGCUGCGCGUCUUCAUUCUCGCAACCGGCUCACUCCUAAAACCCAGGCACUUCCCGGCCAAGGUCUUCUUAAGCGUCGUUCACAUUUUGACCAUCGCAGUUGCAGCCAGCAAGACAGGUGCCAGGAACAAAUGCACUGCUGAAAAAACGAACCGUUGUAGCGAAUGCCUCCUCCUGGGUCCUGAAUGUGGAUGGUGUUUUCAAAAGGAUUUUUCUGAUAAAUCACUGCAUAGAUGUGACCUGGUUACCAAUCUAAUUGAAAAAGGCUGCAAAUCAGAUUUCAUUGAAUUUAUUGAAGUCAAAAAAAUAAUAGAAGAAGAAUCACAAAAUUCCCAGCUGACUCCUGGAAAAGUCUCUUUACAGCUGCGACCAGGCAGUGAGACAAGUUUUACAGUGAAAGUUCAGCAACUAGACAAAUAUCCAGUGGACCUAUACCAUUUGGUUGACACAUCAGCAUCAAUGGUGGCUAAUCUGGAAAGAUUACACUCAAUGGGACACUUUUUAUCACAAAAAAUGGCAAAAUAUUCCAGUGAUUUCCGAUUUGGAUUUGGAUCAUUUGUUGAUAAGCCAGUGUCUCCAUUUAUUAACAUUCAUCCAGAAAAACUUAUUAAUCCUUGCAGUAUUUAUGAAACAUCCUGUCUGCCAGCACAUGGGUUUAAGCAUGUAUUGUCUCUGACUAAUAAUAUAACUGAAUUCAGAAAAGCUGUGGAGAGACAAAGAAUCUCUGGAAAUGAAGACACACCAGAGGGUGGUUUGGAUGCAAUGCUACAAGUUGCAGUUUGUGAGAGUCAAAUAGGAUGGCGUAAGGAAGCAAAACAUUUGCUGCUGAUGAUAACUGAUCAGCUAUCUCACUUGGCGCUUGACAGCAAAUUGGGUGGUAUUGUCCUACCUAAUGAUGGGAACUGCCACCUAAAGGACAAUAUGUACACCCAUUCAACUAUUAUGGAGCAUCCAAGUGUGGGUCUGCUGGUGGAAAAGCUGCUGGAAAACAGCAUCCAUGUCAUUUUUGCAGUUCAAGGAUCAUGCAUCAGCUGGUACAUGGAUCUUCUUCCAUUGAUGCCAGGUGCAGUUGCAAGGCAGUUAAAUGCCGAAUUAUCCAAUCUCUCUGAACUAGUGGAAAGUGCCUACCGGAGACUGCUUUCUGAAGUAGAACUGCAGGUGGACAACCAAAUCAAUGGGGUCUAUGUGAACAUUACUGCAAUCUGUCCUGAUGGCACCAACCACCAAGGCCAAAUUAAGUGCGGAAAUGUGAAAGCCAGUGAUACAGUUUUAUUUAAUAUAACAAUUGGGAUGACAGAUUGUUUUGAAGGCGAUAACGACAUCAUUUUAAAACCUGUUGGAUAUAAUGAAACAACUGUUAUUUCUAUAAGUAGCACUUGUGCAUGUCAGUGCAAAGGACAGAAAGGUUACAGUACUGGUAAAUGCUUCAAUAAAGAGCUUGACCCAGACUGUAGACUUUGCCACUGUGAAGACAGAGUUGCUAAUUCUUCCUGCAAAGAACAAUGCCUCAUUGAAAAUUGUCGGCCGAAAAAAGAACAGCCUGUGUGCAGCAAUCGAGGGAUCUGCAACUGUGGGAAAUGUUUAUGUUACCAGACCAAUCUAGGUAGGGUGUUUGGAAAAUAUUGUGAACUGGAUGACUUUUCUUGUCCUUAUCACCAAGGACGUCUUUGUGCAGGCAAUGGAGAAUGUAAAAGAGGUGAAUGCCAAUGCUUUGCUGGCUGGGAAGGUGAAAGCUGUAACUGUUCGUCCUCCCUAAUGUCCUGCAGGACAGGACAGGGCCAAAUCUGCAGUGGAAGAGGGACAUGUAUCUGUGGUAGAUGUCAUUGCACUGAAUCCAGAGCCUCUGGUCAUUUUUGCGAGAUUUGCCCAACAUGUGAAAAUUCCUGUGAAAACAGCUGGAAGUGUGUGCAGUGUCAUGUGUUAAACUACUGGGCAGUGUAUCCUGCCAAUUGCACAAAAGCAUGUUCUCAAAUGGUGUUGGUGGACCAGCUUUCAGAAUCGGAGGAAGAAAAAGCACAGCACUGCAUUUUUCAAGCGCAAAAUAACUGUUUAUACAAAUUUAUGAUGGUAGCAACUGACACUGAAAAAGAAUAUCUUUAUAUAUUGAGAAACCCAGAAUUCUACUCUAGCCACAAUAUCCUUGCGAUGUUUCUUGUCUUCUCUGCUGGUACAGUUAUUACUGGAUUAUUCAUUGUGAUGGUAAUCAGGCAAAUAAUGAUGCACUGGAAUUCAAAUGAAACAAAUAAUCCUGGAAACAAUUGCAAAGUAUCUCCUCCACAAAAGGGAAAACCUUCAUUACCUAUAGUUAGUUCAGAAACUACAGCAUUCAGGCGUGACAAGCCAGAGGACCUCCAUGUGUACAUCAACAAAAUGCAAUUUCCUACUAUCUACAUCUAUGGGGAGCCCUCUCAAACAUUUUCUACCAAGGCUGAAAAGCUGAACUGCCUCCAGACUUUUUACAUAAAUCAGUAGCACCAAGAAUUUUAUUGAGAAAAUUAAAUAAAUCUGUUUCCUUGUCUGUUUCCCAAUUGAUGACAUUUUAUAUAUGGAAUCCUGUAAUUCCAAAAAGCUUAUGCAAAACAUUAUCAGGAAUGCAGCUAAGUACAAGCGUUAACAUGAAGUGAUCAAGAUCGCACACAGCAUCUUGAGUUACAAUACUCUUUAAUAUGGCAAUAAUCUCAAACAGUUUGAAAACGUUUCAGGCUCAAACUAAUUGCAGUUCCAUAUGAAUUAACUGAAAACGUUUUCCAAAACACAGAGCUGUCGUAGAGCUCUGCUAAUAUUUAAUAUUUCAACAGAGCAUUUUGUCUGUUAUGUCUUGUACUUAUAAGAGCUACCAAUCUUAGAACUGAAGAGAUAGACGUGUGAUGGAUGAGUCUCUGUGCAAUAAUAAUAUUUGUAAGCAAACCACUGGAAAUAAUUGCAUUAUUGUUAUGAUUUUAAUUGUCACUACGGGGGACUAAGUUUAACAGAGUUCAAAAUCAUCAACAAUACUGCAUAGGUACUGAAAUCUGUGAAAUUAUUUUUUUCCAAGAAAGAGAAUACUGUGAUAAUCCAAUGACUGCUUAGCUCUUGUUUACUGAAGUUAAGAACAGAUGUAUGACUGGUAAGGUGUAUACUUAUCUUCUGGAUUUCUAUUUUUCUGAUUAUUUAUUUUAAAGUUGAUAAAAUGCUAAUAAAUGGAAUUUAGUGUGUACUGAAUGUCUGAAACACAAGUACCAAAAUUCUCAAUUGGGGUCCAACCCAGGAAGGGAUUCCUGCUGGUAUAAUUAGCCACUUGUAUCAUCCAAAUAAUGGUGUAGAUGCUGUUGAUAAUUAUUUCCUAGAAUGUCCCUGGUUCUUUCACCAAAGGUACAGUAAGCUAGUGGGAGGAUGUCUAUGGAUAUUCACCUCUGCGUUUUUAAAUGUGAACCAGGAUUUUUAAAACAGUCCAGAUCGGAAGUAGGGAUACAAAGUGUUGCCUCCAGCCUCUGUGCCAAUUUGCUGCUGCAGUUCCAACACUGAGCCAUUUUGAAUGAGGAUAUUGAAGACAGAUAUCUGCUGGGAAGUGACAGAGCCAGUUAUCGGUGAUUGUGGGGCCUAGUAAUCCAACAUUCCAGCACCUCCUGGAAUUUACAGUUGGUUGAAUUGAUGGCCCACAUUGAUCUGGUCCACUUCUGGAUCAAGCCAUCGUAAUUGGCUUAGGGCAUGGGAGUAGAGGUCGCAAAAGAUCAAGUAGGACAGAAAACCCCCAAAAGGACCCAUAACUCCUCAUCCCAAAGUGGUGGAGCCCUCUCCCAACCUUUAACUAGUUGAGGGAUUGCAGUGAGCAUGGUUAAAAGCUGUGAUGUUGACCCCAAUUGAAAAGCCAGCCCAUGAUCGAGAUAUCUUUCCAUUCACCAUUUUUAGAAAAAUCAAUGUUUUAAAGUUGUGAAAUAUACUGUGUAUUUUCACAGAAAAGUUUAUGUAUAAUUUUAUCCCUAAAACUGCCAACAUUGGCUAGUGGAAAAGCCAACAAAAUCAUCAAAGAUGGGUUUGUUUGAAACUUAUUAACUGGGAAUUUCAGUACAUGAUUUUAUCCUGUGGAAUUAGCAUGUUUUUUUUUAAUUCUUUGCUGCUUUUAUGUUGACAUUGAUAGAUUAAUGUUAAAGCCUCAUUUCUAGGCUGAUGCUUUUGUUUAUGGGAGUGCCUUAAGAAUGCAAUCCAAGUUUUCUGUCACAUUGGAACUGCAUAGAAUGCAAAGAAUGCUGUUGAGUGCAGUUUCAAAUCCAUUUUAUUACUCAUUUAAAUCGAAUAAUCCCUCUCUGACACUUCCUAUGCUUAUUCUAUUUUGUAUACAUCUAUUCACACUACACAAGUGCCAGACAAUGAUCAUCUCCAACAAGAAAGAAUUGAACUAUCUCCCCCAUGAGAUUCAGUGGCGUUACCAUUGUUGAAUUUUCCCACUAUGUAUAUCAUUGAGGAUCACCAUUGAUCAGAAACAUAACUGGACCAUUCAAUAAACACUGGCUAGCAGAACAGGUCAGAAGAUGAAUCUUUUGCUGCAAGUAAGUUCCUGACACCUCAAAACCUGUCCGCUUUUGACAAAGGAAGUCAGCAUGUGAUAGAAUAUUCUCCACUUGCUUGGAUAAUUACAGUUCCAACAACAUUUAAGAAACUUUGACAGUGGAACACACUUGAUUGACACUACAAUCACCAUUUUGAAUAUUCAGUCCCUCCACUAACUGCACAUUAUGUCUGCAGUGUUCAUCACGUACAAGAUACACUGCAGUUAUUCCAUCAACAUCACCUUACAAACUCUGAAACUCUGUCUGUAAGAACAUGGGAACCAGAUGCAUUUGCACACCACCAAUUAAUAAUACUUUUAAAAAUCUAGAAUUAAAAGUGCUUAGUAAUUCCCUGAAUCCAACAGUUUAUUUUAAGGGAAAGAGCAGAUUUAAACUGUCAAUGGUAGCUGCAAACAAUUGGUCAUCAAUCAACCAGCAUAUGCACCCCACACAACUUUCCUUUCCUACAAAAUGCUAUUGUUUUGCUUUUAAUGAAAUGCUAAGAUUUAAUUUGAAGGAAUAAAUAUUUAGAAACUUGCAUUUCUCACCACAGAGGCAUACUAGAUCUAUCCUGAGCCUUUUUAAAAUGCAUUUAAUUAGUUGCAUUUGAUAACAAGAUAGCAGCAUUUACCUCUCCCUUAUACACAAGAGUACAUCUGUCUGCAUAUGUACAUGUUUAUAUAUGUAUUUUUCUUUUCCUGUAGAACUGUGAGUAAUUCUAUGGUGCACUGAUGACAGUCUAGCCAUUAACUAAUGCUAUCACAACCUUCAGCUGUAUAAUUUAUCUAAAUGAAUGAUGCAUCGAGACAGGGAGAUGUUCUUCUGAAUCAAACAUGAAGAGAAGUUUUGAAGAAUUGACGCAGUAAAUACUUAUAUAAAAUCAAAGAUCUGUGGAUGCUGGAAAUAUUAAAGAAAAAUGGAAAAUGCUGGAUAAUCUCAGCAGGACUUGAGAUGUUGAUUUUUUUUAUUCUCUGCAAAUGUUGAUUUUCUCCGGCAUUCUCUGUUUUUCAGUAAAUGUUUAUGUUCAUUUUUAUGUGACAACAUGCUUCCUGCAGUGGAUUAUUCUGGUUGCUGUUCAUUCCCAGCAUUUAUUUCACAUGCUGUGAUGCAGUACAAAUAUUUGUCAGUUCUGUAUAUGAAUAUAGAAAUAAUGGUUGCCCAAAUCAGCAGCCAAGCACUUAACCCAUGCAUUAUUAUUCAACCUGUGCCACUCAAGCUCUAGCAGUCACCUAUUUAAAAUAAACUGUUAUUUGUUUUGAAAUGUUGUCCAGAGGAAUGGCAAAUGGUACAUUGUGCUUGUUAAUUAGGACUGCAAAACGUAAUAUCUGGAUAUAUGUUCUCAUAUAUGCUGUACCUUCUGACAGUUGAGAGAGAAAUAGUGUGAUUUUACAAAGCAAUGCCCUAAGCUUGAGUCAAAUGGGCUUGUAACUCUCAGCAUUAAUAAUAAGAAUUCAUGUUCUCUGACAAAAAAUGGAAAGCAUUAAAAUCAUCAAAAUUAUGUUGUGAUAUCUCUUCAGUUUGCAAGUUGCUUUAUUAAGACUAUUUCUUCCCAGCAAAGCAACAUGCUAUUUUCUUGUUUUUUAUCUGCAUCAUUAUCUUUCAUACAUUUAAUACGUGCAUUGAUACUACUGAUGUAAUUGAAUGAGGCACAAGGUGUGGAAUAACUGAAAAAUGUUGAGGGCAACUGUAGGAGAAUAAUUAUAAGUAAAGUUUAUUUUACAAUAAUAUUUAAUGUUCAGUUAUUUUACAGUAUUUUUCUGCUAUGAAGUUAUUUGGUUAACACUGUGCACUUUAGAAAACAAUGUAAUUAGCAAUUGAUGAUUUAACUGUUAAACUUUCUCACGUUAAUUACAAAAAUUGGCCAAUAGUUUUAGGUGCCAGUCCAAUUCCUAACAGAAUCUAAACUUGCACUAACAUUUAAAAAGGUUUUUAUUUAUUAUGAGUUAUGGUUUUAGUAGUUUUAAAUGCUCAUUUAAUGUCUGAUCCUGAGUCUGAUCCUGUUAAUUUAUUUGAUUGCUUUGUAUUGGAGACUGUUGUUUUUUUAGGUUUACUUUUGAUCUUGUAAAAAAGUUAUGUCUUGCAAAUGUUUAAUAAACCAUAUUAAUAGUUCAUUUAUCUUAAGAUAUUGUUUAAGCAAAAUCUUACCAAGUGGUUUAUUCAUUCAGUUUGACAUAAUGAAGACAGAUGUAUCUUUCACAAUUGCUGCUAAUGACUCAUCACAUGCAGGUAAUCUGAAAAAUCCUACAAGAUUCCCCUAAUGAAUUCCAUGUAGCACUUUUCACAUGUAGAAUAGGUGAACCUGACCUCCUAACAAGGGCUUAUUGGAUGGAAGAGAGAGUGGGUGGAUGUGGGGAUGCAAAACCUCCAGAGAGGCCGUGCUCUGAUGAGCGCAGGAUGACUGGGAAUGAGGCACUCCACUGAUCAGAACAUUACAUGGUUAAAUCUAGCAGCCUACACAAUGACUGCAGGCCUUCCUCUUGCUGUCCAUUAAAUGGAAUGGUGACAGAUUGAAUUCAGCCACAGAUGGUUCAUCUGUCCGAUGCCUGCCCUGCAACCCACAAACCUUUGAUGUGGGAUUACUGUGGAAGGGCGCAACUCCUUCAUUAGUGAGUCCACCCAACAGUUUUACUGUGUGUGCAUUGCCUGUUUUCAGCCCAAAUUCAUGUGAGAUAUCAAACUGGGAAGACUAAAUUAAUAAAGCAUUUCUUUUGUUAAGUAUUAAUCACUAGCUACUGAGCUAGGCUAUCCUUAAAGUGUAUUGACUUUUGAAUAAACCAGUCUGGUUUGCUUAAACAAUGAAUCUAGCAUUGGAUAUGUUCAUCUUUGUAGCAUUGUUUUAUAUUUGUUUGAGUAGCAUUGUUGUAAUA